UCCUACUUCAAAAUGCCACCCAUGUCCUUCAUCGGCCAGGUGACAAAGGUCGGGUACAUGAGCAAGACCGCAACUGUCACCGUUUCCCGUUACAUCACCCAUGCAAAGACUGGCAAGCGGCUAGAACGGAGCAAGAAGUAUCUCACCCAUGACGAGACGAACCAGCUCCGGCCGAACGACACCGUUCUCAUCCGCAACUGCCCACCAAUCUCUGCCCGGAAGCGAUUCACGCUCGAGAAGGUGAUCAAGUCGCCCGAACGCGCACGCGAGGAGCUUCACGCU